UUUAUUGAGCGAUUUAUUAAAAGUUUUAAAAUGUUAUUAUUUAUAGAAAUUAUUAAAAUUGUGGCUUCAAAAGACAACAAAGAUGAAUUUUCUAUGUCUGAAGAAAAAUAUCGAAAGCAAUCCCUAAAGUUGUUAAUAGAAAUUAGAGAUGGGAUUAACCGAUUAUUAAACACGCCGAGUGUCAGUGGAGCUCUCAAUAUAGUUAAAAUUAAUGACAUUUCAAAACUAUAUGCUGCAAAUGAUGAAUUGAAAGAUGCAGCAGUAAGGAGAAAUGCUAUAGAAAUGUUAAAAUGUGUAGGAGGAAAUGAUUGUGGCGAAAUGGUGCGCAAUAUUUUAGACAGGUUAUUUAGCAUUUCUGUAAUGUCGAAAAUGAACAUGAAAGGGUCAUCUAGACAAGGGGAAGCAAAGAUAGCAUUUAAGAAUUUAGAAUUCUUUAGUUUGAUUCAAGAGGUAGUCACCAGGCAAUUCAGUAACGUUUCAACAAAAGCACUUAGAGCAGCUAUAGGAAAUAAGCUAAAGAAUGCCCCUGGACAACUAAAACGCGAUCAAGCAUCAAGUUGAAAAUGUUGUAUUGU